UAAGAUCCGUUGGUCACUUGGUCGGGUAUCUGAUAAUCUGAUUGCCAUCAGAGAUCAGAGAAAAUUUUUUCAUUUUUAAUCGUACAAUUGUGAAUUAAGAAUUAAAUAAACUGCUACUUUAGUACUGAAAUAUUUGAUGUGCAAGUUAAACUAUUGUAUAAUGCGAAGGCUAAUCAACAAAGUUGUUACCAUGAAGUUUUUCAGUGAUUUUUUUAAGUGAAUUCCUAAAAUGUGUAGUUAACCUAAGUUUUCAGAACACAAUUUUGUUGAGUAUUCGCAUCGAAAAAAUGAGUGAACAAGAAAUUGAUAUAAAAAAAAGUGAAAGUGCACCGACAGUCCCAAAGGAUGGUCAAAGCAUCAAAUCAAAUGACUGUGAUAGUAAUGAGCUAAACCAAGAUGUAAGCUCAAGGGAUGAGAGUGUUGAUGGUGAAGGUGCUCAUAAACAAGAAAAUAAAAUUGAUGAACCAAAAGUUCUGGAACAGUCCACUUUAACGAUUCCUUACGUGCCACCAAAGCCACUUGUUAAAGAAAUUCCAAAAGUAAAUUACAAAAAGCGUGAUGAUGACGACAUUGAGGAAUUUGAUACUGAUGAGGAAGAGGAAACGAAUGCUAAAGAGCAGCACAGUUACACUAAUAAUAUUAGUUAUGAGGGUGGCCAAUGUGUAUACACUGAGCCAGGCACUGGCAGGAAAUUAGUUUGGAAUAGUGCAGAAAACAAGUGGUGUCCUAAAGAAGAAAAUAGCGAUACGUCGAAUCCUAUGAAAGAUUAUGAAUUUGAUGGUAAACAUUAUGUAUACACUGAUAAAAAUACCAAGGUUACGUAUAAGUUUAUACAGGAAAAGAAUGAAUGGGUUGUAAAAAAUGAUGAUGAGGUAGAAACUGGAAGUGCUGUGGUGAUGAAGGAUAAAGCUGAUCAGCAGACAACAGCUCAAGGCGUUUAUGGAUUUGAAAAUGAUACUCAUACUUACACUGAUCCAGCUGAUGGCACAUCAUACUUUUGGGAUAAAGAGAAAAAUGCGUGGUUCCCUAAGCUUGAUGAUGACUUUAUGGCAAGGUAUCAAAUGAAUUAUGGUUUCACUGGCUCAAACAGUACCAGUUCUACGAAUGAACCAAGUUUACCUUCCGAAGAUCCACCAAAGCCUCCCCAAAAACCGAAAUUAACUAAAGAAGAGAGAAAGGCGGAAAACAAAAGGAAAGCAAAAGAAGCUCCAACAUGGUUUGAUGUAGAUGAAAAACAUAAUCUGACAGUUUACAUUUCUAAUUUGCCUCUUGACAUAACCAUGGAUGAACUAAAAGAGUUGGUUUGUAAAUGUGGACUGCUUGCACGUGAUGAGAAAGGUGUUGAUAAGCUCAAGUUAUAUGCUGAUGAAAGUGGAGAUCUGAAGGGAGAUGCUCGUUGUACAUAUAUUAAACUUGAAUCAGUCGAGUUGGCUCUUGAUAUUUUAGAUGGCUGGAACAUCAGAGGAAAGACUCUUAGUGUACAAAGAGCUAAAUUCCAGUUGAAAGGGGAGUAUGAUCCAUCAAAAAAGCCAAAACGAAAAAACAAGGACAAAGAUAAGCAGAAGAAAAUCCACGAUAAGCUCUUGGACUGGCGGCCUGAUAAGAUGUUGGGAGAGCCUCUCAAAUGCGAACGUGUAGUCAUUUUAAAGAAUCUCUUUCAACCCGAAGACUUUGAUAAAGAUCCAAAGUUGAUUUUAGAAUUCACCCAAGACAUCAGAUCUGAAUGCGUGAAAUGUGGUGAAGUAAAAAAAGUCACUCUUUAUGAUCGAAAUCCCGAAGGCGUUGCACAAGUGACGUUCAAAGAAAUCGAGGAAGCUCAAGCUUGCAUAGAGCUGUUAAACGGCCGAUGGUUCGGUCAGAGGAAAAUAACUGCUGAAAUAUGGGAUGGCCGGACUAAAUAUAAAAUUAAAGAGACAGAGGAACAAAUCGAAGCAAGAAUGAAAAAGUGGGAUGAUUAUUUGGAUGGACAGGACGGAACUGAAAGUAAAACUGCAGCGGAAAAUAUAAAAAGUACAACAGGUGACGAUGCCGAUACAAAUAAAAAUUUGCAUUCCCAGUCAUCAGUUGCAGAAGCACUUUAGUGUUUUCUUGUUACCUAUAGUUGAGAUCUAUUUUAAACGAUGCUAUAAUAAUGUUGAAGAAAUUUUUUGAAAUAUUUUUAACAUUAAAAAUUUUAAAUCCAUCUAUUUCAAGAAAAAUAAAUCGCCAAUUUGAUUCGAAUAGAAUAUGGUGGGUAAAAUUUAUUUUUUAUUGAAUAAAAAUAAAAAGUAAACGUUAUGAUCUUCUUUGGAUUGUCUUUUAUGUUUCUACAGUUUUAGUAGUAUACAUGAUGGUUUUGUGAAAUCAUUAAGAUGCAUCAUAACAAUUGAUAUGUAAAGAAAAAAAAAUUCUCUAAAUAAUUAAUGUUAGAAAACGUUUUUUGUUACUUUUCAACGACAUCUAGUAUACAGUUUCAUUUAAGUAA